UGGUCUGAAUCUGACAGAAAAUGAAGAACCUCGUAUAUUGUUCAUCUUCAACAUUUGUCAUUAUCUUCAUUCAUGUAAAUAUACUUGUAAGUCCAUAUCUCCCUCAUGCAGAAGGUUUUGACUCUGUUAUUCAGCUCUCACAUUCAGGGUUGAGCAAAACCCGAACCAGAUCUAAACGGGUUCUUUCUGUUUGUGAUUAUGGUGCUAAAGGGGAUGGCCUUCAUAAUGACACCCAGGCCUUCUUAGAAGCUUGGAAUAUCGCUUGUUCUCUCUCUGGGUCUAUAAAGGUUGUUUUUCCAUAUGGGAAAACUUUUCUUAUACAUCCAACUGACAUAGGUGGGCCUUGUCGAUCUAAGAUCACUUUGAUGAUCUCUGGUACAAUAGUUGCACCUCAAGAUCCUGCAGUUUGGGAUGGUUUAAAUCAGCGCAAAUGGCUUUACUUCCAUGGGGUGAAACACCUUGCUGUAGAUGGUGGAGGGAGGAUCAAUGGAAUGGGACAGGAAUGGUGGGCCAGAUCUUGCAAGAUCAACCGCACAAAUCCAUGUCAUCCUGCUCCAACGGCCCUGACUUUUCAUAGAUGCAAGAAUCUGAAAGUCAGAAACCUUAUGCUGCUAAAUAGCCAACAAAUGCACAUGGCAUUCAAUAGCUGUAUGCGGGUUGUUGCAUCCAAUCUCAAGGUAUUAGCACCUGCGUUCAGCCCUAAUACUGAUGGAAUCCACGUCAGUGCUGCAAAGAGGGUUGAGAUCACGGAUAGUGUAAUUAGAACAGGUGAUGACUGCAUCUCAAUAGUAAGAAAUUCUUCGCGGGUCCAGAUCAGAAACAUUACUUGUGGUCCAGGCCAUGGCAUAAGCAUUGGUAGCUUGGGAAAAUCGAAGGCAUGGGAGAAGGUGGAAAACAUAAAUGUUAAUGGAGCUUACCUUUACAACACUGAUAAUGGGGUGAGAAUCAAAACAUGGCAGGGCGGGCAUGGUUUUGCCUCCAAGAUCACAUUCCAGAAUAUCUUGAUGGAAAAUGUGUCCAAUCCAAUAAUAAUAGAUCAAUACUACUGUGAUUCACGACAUCCAUGUGAGAAUCAGACUUCGGCUGUGAAAUUGGGGAACAUAUCUUUCAUUGAUAUUGAAGGAACUUCAGCCACCGAAGAAGCAAUUAAAUUUGCUUGCAGUGAUGCUUUACCAUGUGAACGAUUAUAUCUGGAAAAUAUUUAUCUUGCAUCAAUGUUCGGAGGAAUCACAAGAUCUUCUUGCUGGCAAGCCCAUGGUUCUAGUCGGGGUAUGGUGUAUCCUCCUGCCUGUUUUUCAAGCAGUAAUGAUUUCAUUAGACAGAAUGUCUGGUUAGAGUCAAACCCUGCUAUUCAUUCCGUCUGAACAAGGUA